CUGCAUCAGCAGUGAAGCCUUUAGCCCUCACCCUGUUCCUGUGUUAGGGAUUCCAACACCCCCGAUUUUGAUUUUUUAGCCCAUCCCAAAUCCUCCCAGUUAGGGAUUUUUUAAAUUUAAUUUUUUUUUUCUCACCAGAUUUUCCCCCAAAUUUAAUAUGCAAAAUUUCUCACGAAAUUUCCCUGCUUUUUCUCACUUUUCACACAGGCUCUUCGUUUUAUCCCUUCACAACCCUAGCUUUUCUACUCAUGAACUGCCCCCUUCUCAGGAAUCAUCCAAGUCCAUCCCAAAAUUCAUCGGAAAGGCCUAAUUUUUCAUACUUUUGUAUUUUUCUGUUUUGGAAACUUUAUGGGAAAUCGAAGCCCUAAACUGUCCAUAUAUGUGAAUCGCCUUAUACGGGCAAGAGAAGUUUGAAGCAUUUGAACUUUCAAGUUGGAAUCCCUAAUUAUAAUUCUACCAGAUCAAACCCCAGUUUUGCUUUCCGGAAAAAUCUUAUUGUGCAUAAGAAAAUUCGAGCUUUUUGGGGAAAUUUUGGGAGAACCCUAGUUUGUGAACUUUUCAUGGAUCCGAGGUAUGUGGUGUUGGAGAUCAGCUCUGAUGAAGAAGUGGGUUUGGACGACUACAAGGGUGAUGAUUAUGAUUGGCUAUCGGAACUUCUCCGAGAGGUGGUGGACAAGCCGACGGAUGAUUCCGAUGAUGUCGUGGUGGUGCGUGAGGUCAACCCUAAGCAGAAAUCGAAGUCUUCGAAAUCAACGGCAAAAGACGAUGAUGAUGACUGCGUGGUUUUAGAUGGAGACCCAGACAAUCCUGUCCCGACUGUGGACGACUCCGAGAAUGGGUCCGACGAUUUGCUUGUCGUUGGAGAGAAGGGUCAGAUUGCAUGCAGAGAUUACCCUCACUCACGGGACCAAUGUGCUAAAUUUCCUUUUAAUUCUACCACACAUGAUAGGCACUGUGACCAGUGCCAUUGUUACGUCUGCGAUUCACUUGCCCCUUGUGGCCAUUGGGGGACUGGUAUGAACAUUGUUGACCAUUGUCAUGCCACUAAUAAAGAUGAGUUUUGGGUAAAUCAGAGGAAAAGUUUCAGGCUAGGGAAAAGUCAGCAAGUACCUAUUCAAAAACACGCCACAGCAUUGCCCCAAGUUAGCCAAAAUUCAUCAUUUCCUCUAUUGCAACCCAACCCCAUAUGGCAGAAUCAGGUUUCUAGGCCAACCUCAAUCCAUGCUUGCUCUUCCCGAACCAAUGUUGGUGUCCCAAACACGGCAAGCCUAACUAGAAACCAGAGGUCAGAAGUUGAUUUUGGCAGAACUAGAUUCCAACCGCAUUUGGUCUCACAAAAGCCGCAUGGUACACAGAGUAAUAUUAUUAACCGGAAGGACAGAGGUCAUGGUUUUGGACCUUUAGGCCCCCAAUUUUCCUCUUCCCAACCAAUGUUUAAAAGGACAGGUUCUGGCAGAGGUGCCUUGACUGCUAAUCGGUCAGGUUAUGGUUUGCCUAACAACAUUAAUCAUGCUUAUACAACAUUUUCUAGAAAUGUCCCCCAAAGAGCGACGCCAAAUGACGGAACUUCUAGUAGGUGGCACGACCACCUUCCUGGAGUGGCUUUGGAUUCUGCUAAACAUCAGACCACCCAGCCAAACAUGGGCAGCAUCUUUUCAAAUACAGUGCCUUCACAACCACAAGCAUACGGUCAGCCUAUUCUUCAGUCAAAUGAUUGCCAAGGUACAUAUCUGCAUGGGAAUCAAGCUCAAAAUGUUGUGAAUCCAAGUUUUGCCGAUAUCAGUGGAAGUUGGCCAGGAGGUACCAGCCAUAGCGACCAACCACCUCCAAUAGAAAACUCCCAACUUCAAAGUGCAGAGCCAACAUUUAUACCAUCUGUCAUGGAAUUCAAUCCGCAGUUUCCUGUUAGUACGAAUCCUGAUCCAUUGGACCUAUUUGACAGCUGGAUUCUGGAAAACCAGUCUGUUCAGGGGGCUCCUGAAGGUUCUGUGCCCAAUGGAUUGAAUUUAACUUCUCAGGAUCAUGCCCCGGCCCCAGUAGAUGCAGGAAUGCUUUUUUUUGAUUUCGAAACCUCUUGGAAAAGUCUGCAUGCUUAGUUGAUUAGAAUCUGCCAAAAAGGGUAAAACAUGAUCCCUGUUUUGUGGGUUGGUUUUAGACUUAAUCAGAAGAGAAUGGAAUGUACAGUUCCAUAACCUAGGUAAACAGACAAUCUGCCUGUUUGUUGAACAAUGCUGUACAGAUGCAGGUGGUUUUUUCAAAUGAUUAUAUAUAUUAUAUAUAUGUAUGUAUGAACCUCAGAUGUUGAAUCAUCAUUUCGUUUUAUA